AUGGCUCUGGGUGCAGACCACCACCCGGCAGAUGCACCUCUCCCCAGGAAGGAGCAAAGCAUGACAAUAGCUGAUACCGAGAAAUCGAGCGAUUCGACUGCACCAGGAGAUGAUUCGCAAUAUCCUGGAAAGAUUAAGCUAUUUGCCAUCAUCUCAAGCUUGAAUCUAGCCAUGUUCCUAGUCGGACUGGACAACACGAUCAUCUCCACCGCCAUUCCCAAGAUUACCGAUCGCUUCCACGCCCUUGAGGACGUAGGCUGGUAUGCAAGUGCCUACCUUCUCACCAACUGCGCGUUUCAGUUGAUGUGGGGAAAGCUUUACACUUUUUACAUUGUCAAAUGGAUCUACCUGAUCGCCCUGUUCUUGUUCGAACUGGGCUCCUUGAUCUGCGCCGUUUCCCCGUCAUCAACAACAUUAAUCGUUGGCCGCGCGAUCGCCGGUAUUGGUGCAGGCGGCGUUAGCAAUGGCUGUUUUCUCCUUAUAGCUUAUUGUGUGCCGCCUCGCCAACGACCGACUUUGAUCGGACUCAUGGGCGCAAUGUACGGCCUUGCCGCCAUUGUGGGCCCUCUCAUGGGUGGUGUGUUUACGGAUAAUCCCAAUCUCACAUGGCGGUGGUGCUUCUAUAUCAAUCUCCCACUAGGGGUCUUGCCCGCUGUCAUCGUCGUUGCCUUCAUUUCUCCGUUCGCGGGUGGUGGUAAACGUGGGAAAGUCAGUCUUGCAGACCAGCUUAAGCAAAUGGAUCUUCCCGGUACUCUUUUCCUGCUAGCUGCGAUUAUCUGCCUUCUACUUGCACUACAAUGGGGUGGUACCAGGUACGCAUGGAGGGACGGAGUUAUCAUCGCUCUCUUGGUACUUGCCAUAGCCUUCUUUGUCACUUUUGGCAUAAUUCAAUACUGCAGUGGCGACCUUGCAACAGUACCGGGCCGGAUCUUCAGCAAUCGUGACAUCUGGGGCUCAUCUAUCUUCGGUUCGUGUGUCGUGGCUUCGUUCUUCACGAUGCUGUACUAUAUUCCCAUCUGGCUCCAAGCUAUCAAAGACGCCAGCCCCACCCGCUCGGGCAUCAUGAACCUGCCCAUGGUCCUCAGCUAUGUUGCCUUUUCCCUCGGCAGUGGCGCUCUCACCUCGGCAAUCGGCUACUACGUGCCAUUCGCCUACCUCACAACCAUCUUCAUGGCCAUCGGCAGCGGUUUACUAAGCACGCUCAAACCAGACUCGGGAUCCGCCCAAUGGAUUGACUACCAAUUCCUCUUCGGCGCGGGAGUCGGCUGCGGUCUGCAGACAGCUUUUGCGGCACCUCAGUGCGUGCUCCCGCUAGAGGACAUUCCCAUCGGUACGGCCAUCAUUAUCUUCACGGAGAACUUAGCGAGUGCGGUUAUGGUCUCUGUCGCGCAGAACGUGUUCACCAACCAGCUCCAGACGAACCUAGCCAAGUAUGUUCCAAAGGCCGAUUCAGAUGUCAUUCUUCAUGCCGGCGCAACUGAGAUCAAGAAUCUUAUUCCAGCGGACUUAUACGACGCUGUCAUCUUUGCGUAUAACAAAGCACUAUGUCAGACCUUUUAUGUGGGCGUCACACUAUCGUGCUGUGCCGUCUUUGGUGUGUUGGCACUGAAGUGGGUGAAUGUGAAGGGAAAGUGA